AGUCAAACAGCUGUCAUAAUCUGAGGCCCGUGAAUUUUUCGCUCAGCUCUUCGUACGAUUUGUAUUUAGACUGCUUAAAAUAAAAAUAACUUCAGCAAAAUGAUGAAUUUGUCCAGAGCCGUUGUCCGUAGCUUUGCUACCACCGCCUCUCGUCGUGCCACCGCGACCAGCAAGGAUCAGAUUGAGAAGGGUUACUUCGAAAUCCGCAAGGUGCAGGAGCAUUUCCAGAAGAAGGACGGCAAGCCCGUUUUCCUAAAGGGCUCCACAUUCGACAGCGUGCUCUACCGCGUCACCGUGGCGCUUGCCCUGGUCGGCAUUGGUGGCAUGGGCAAGCUCUUCUGGGAGCUCAGCGUGCCUCAGAAGGACGAAUAAGGCGCAAGCAGUAUAGUCUAACCCAUUAAGCUAAGCCAUUACCAGCAAAUCCGUAACCCCAUCUCCGGCAUAUUUGUUGCAGCGUAGUCACCUUAUAUUUCUGUGUCCUGAUAGUAGAAUCCUGGUAUACAACCCCUAGAUUGUGUUGCUUGUGUUAGAAUAAUUAAGUUCAAAGUGUAACUCAACAUUCGCAAAAGCAUUUCAAGCGUGGAAAUAUAAGAUCUUGGCUGUAAACUAAGA